AUAAAGUAGGCCCAUAUAAUAUUCAUCAAAACAGUAAAAUCUGAAUUGGAAAUCGUAGUCUAAAAAUAGUUGUAUUGUAUUUACACUUUUUUUGUUUGCGCACAUUUAAUUUUCUGAAAGAUGUCCAGUGAUAGCAAUAACGAAUCCCUCGGCGAAAUCAAACGCGAGGAAGGCGGUGAGGUGCCCGGAGGAAGACGCCUCUUGACAAUCGAUGAGACCUGUUCCCCUGGAGUGAACCGACUCUGGUCCACAGUCGAGGAUACCAGCGGGAUACCAGCCGAUGAGGCCCCCUGUUGCAGUAGCACCCUGCUAGGACUUGGGGCUCCAACUCCCAGUCGCACUUGGACAGCACUUGGUGCCCCGGAAAGCAGCCGCACACGACAGGAGAAACGGCUCAAUCCCAAUGCUGCGGUAUUUGUGCCAGGCGUCACAGAUCACAUAAUUGCUGACAAAAUUUCAGAGUUGGCCUACUACUCGCCCUGGAGCAUUAUCGGCUGUCCGCAAAAUAUAUCGUGUGGACCGCGAUACGAUAGCAUUUGGCGCGAGAGCAGCUUACAACUGCAGCUGCCUCAUUCGAGCCCGGCUCAGGAUAUGAUCAUAGCAGAGCCGACGCAACCACCACAAAACGUAAAUGUUGAGGUUUCACGAGAUAAAGUAAAGCCAAUGAUAACAAAGCGCCCAAAGGGGAAUAAACAAAAGCAGGAGCAGGAACCGGAGGACGAAGUAGAAGAAGAACAGGAACCACCCAAGCCAACUAAAGAUAAAAAGAAACUCUUGAAGAUCCCUGCUGGGCUCAAACGAAGCUGCAGCCUCAUGUAAGAGCCUUUGACACAUGAUCAGAAGGAAACAGAGCCGAAGCAGCCACAGCACUUAAAUACCGAGGUUAUACGGGAAGUGGAGAAGGUACUGAACAGGAACAGAAGGAGAAUAGAUCAAGAAACACAAUUACAGAAUUUGUACAAUCAUCAUUCGAUGGAUGUUAUGUCUACUGCACAGAUACGAUAUACAAUAUGUAAUCCUACACACUUAUCGAAAUAUUGUACGCCCACUUCCAAACUAAACGUCCGAUUAAACCUCAAUCAAAGCUGCACAAUUGAAGAAUUCAAAU